AAAAGUCUAGUUUUGGCUCUGAUGAUAUAAACAAAAAAAUAAAACAAGAAGAAAACAACAGAUCUGAUAGUCUUAUUACUGAGAAAAAACAGAAAAAAGAAAAUAUGCCAAAGGUUAUUAUAGAAACUCCUAAAGGCCAAAAGAGUAAAACAGCAGAACUUGAAGAAGAAGACUUGUUUUCAGUCAUUUCUUUGAGCAAUAAAGAUCAAAUUUCAGAUGAACAAACAAAACAAAUAACAUACAAUAACAUUAUAAUGCAAAAUGAAAUAACAUCAGACACAGAGAUGUCAACAAACAACAAUAAACAAGAAAGUCAAUUAGAACAUCAAACAGAAUUAACUAAGGACAAGCCAAAUAUAGAACAUGAAAACAUAUCAGUGAACUUACUUGCAAGUUUGUACAACAAUGUAUGGGCAAACAAUACUGAUCCUAUAGAUAAAGAAAAUGAACAAGGUUUUAUAGUGGUUUCCAGAAAAAAGCAUAGAAAUAAAAGCAGAAUCACAACUUCAAAAGUGGGAAGAACUACAGUCCUAGAGACAUCAGCUCCCUAUACAAAAGCCAAAGAACUGCAAUAG